UUGGGUCUCACUAUUUCUCUUCCAUGGCUACCAUAUUGUUUAGAGCUGCAGGAAGGAACAGUAAUAUUCCUUCUACAUUGAAGGAUUCUAAUGACUUUGGAAGUCCUAGAAUUAAUGAUCUCUCCUUGAAGAAGGGAUUAUUCCCCUUCACAGACCGCAACAUGCAAGAAUUAACCGUCACAAAUGUUGCCACCAGCCCUAGACCUGCCGUGGUAAUUCCAGAGCCAUCCCUACCAACAGAAACAGUCAAGGACCAGAAGCUGGCAGCGUGGACCAGUGUUCAGCAGGAGCGUUGGGAAGGAGAGCUUCUUGUCCAAGGAGAAAUCCCACUGUGGCUGAGAGGGACCUACCUAAGGAACGGUCCGGGGUUAUGGAACAUAGGGGACUACCACUUCCGCCACCUAUUCGACGGCUACGCCACCCUCGUCCGCCUCCACUUCAACAACGGUCAAGUCACCGCCGCCCACCGUCAAAUAGAAUCCGAAGCCUACAAGGCAGCCAUGAAGAAUAACAAGCUCUGCUACCGUGAAUUCUCCGAGUCACCACCAAAAUCCCACAACAACUUCCUCUCCUACGUAGGAGACAUAGCCAACCUCUUCUCCGGCGCUUCCUUAACAGACAACGCCAAUACUGGCGUCGUCCGCCUUGGCGACGGCCGUGUCAUCUGCUUAACGGAGACUAUCAAAGGGUCCAUCCAGAUCGACCCAGAUACGUUGGAAACGAUAGGGAGAUUCCAGUAUAAUGACUCGUUGGGUGGGUUGAUCCACUCAGCUCACCCGGUGGUGACCGAGUCGGAGUUGUUGACUGUGUUACCUGAUCUGGUGAACCCGGGUUAUAGGGUGGUGAGGAUGGAGGCAGGGACUAACGAGAGGAGAGUGAUAGGGAGAGUGAGUUGCAGAGGUGGACCUGCACCUGGGUGGGUUCACUCGUUUCCGGUGACGGAAAACUAUAUUGUAGUGCCGGAGAUGGCGUUGAGGUACUGUGCUCGGAAUCUGUUGAGAGCGGAGCCUACACCACUUUACAAGUUUGAGUGGCAUCCUCAGUCUAAGGCUUUCAUGCAUGUCAUGUGUAAAGCUACUGGCAAUAUUGUGGCAAGCGUGGAGGUUCCGCUGUUUGUGACGUUCCAUUUCAUAAACGCUUACGAGGAGAAAGAUGGGGAUGGCAAGGUGACAGCCAUCAUUGCGGACUGCUGUGAGCACAACGCUGACACUUCCAUUCUUGAUAAGCUGAGGCUCCACAGCCUCCGCUCCUUCUCUCCCCAAGAUGUUUUGCCUCAUGCCAGGGUUGGGCGUUUUAGAAUCCCAUUAGAUGGGAAUCCUACAGGGAAGCUUGAGUCAGCAUUAGAUCCAGAGCAGCAUGGAAGAGGGAUGGACAUGUGCAGCAUCAACCCUUCUUUCUUGGGAAAGAAAUACAGAUAUGCUUAUGCUUGUGGUGCGCAACGACCUUGUAACUUCCCAAACACCCUCACUAAGAUCGAUUUAGUUGAGAAAACAGCCAAGAACUGGCAUGAAGAGGGUGUUGUGCCUUCAGAACCAUUUUUUGUGGCUCGUCCAGGAGCAAUAGAGGAAGAUGAUGGGGUUGUCAUCUCCAUGGUGAGUGAUAAGAAUGGCAAAGGAUAUGCACUUUUGUUAGAUGGCUCCACUUUUGAAGAAAUAGCCAGAGCAGAGUUUCCCUAUGGUCUUCCAUAUGGGCUACAUGGAUGCUGGGUUCCAAAGACAGCAUAGUUUAGUUAUAUAGGUAAACCAGCAAGAUCACUAUUGAAGUUCUGGCUCCAUUAAUCACUUAACCCCCUGCAUCUGUUGCAUGGCAAUCUCAGAUACCUUCACUGUAUACAGAGAUGUGUAAAACAUAGAAAGUUUUUCAGAAGCCUCCAUAGUAUAAUAUCACCAUCUCUAGAUUGUGAUUGACAUACUCAAAAUCCAAUACAUAAUAUAAAGCUUGGGGUUUACAUACUCAAAAUCCAAUACAUAAUAUAAAGCUUGGGGUUUACUUUCA